AUUUUGCCGAGCAGCAGCCCAGCUGGCGGGAGCUCCAAGGGAUAAAUCAUUCCUCGGUGUGUUGACUUCAUCGCUUUUGCGCUGUCCUCUUCUCUCUUCUCUCUUUCUCCCCCCUCUCCCUGAUCUUCACUUUCAAGUAUUGUCUUCCUACCACCAUAGAAUUAUUUUUUUAGACUCGCCUCUCUCAAUUGAUCACUCUCCGCUCUACAAUCUCUUUCCCUCCUUCGCUUUCGUGCCCAGCUGUUCCCGCCCUUACAUACGUCAUCGCUCCGGGCCGCACUCGCCAUGCAAGGUCCUCUAUACAUCGGCUUCGAUCUUUCCACCCAACAACUCAAGGGCCUUGUCGUCAAUUCGGACCUCAAGGUUGUCUAUGUCUCCAAAUUUGACUUCGACGCCGACUCCCGCGGCUUUCCCAUCAAGAAGGGUGUGAUUACCAACGAGGCCGAACAUGAGGUCUAUGCACCCGUCGCUAUGUGGCUGCAGGCCCUGGACGGGGUCCUAGAAGGCCUGCGUAAGCAGGGCCUGGAGUUCAACCAGGUCAAGGGUAUCAGUGGUGCUGGACAGCAACACGGAAGUGUAUACUGGGGAGAGAAUGCGGAGACGUUGCUGAAGGGCUUGGAUGCAAACAAGACGCUCGAGGAGCAAUUACAUGGGGCAUUCUCACACCCAUUCAGCCCGAACUGGCAGGACUCCAGCACUCAGAAGGAGUGUGACGAAUUCGAUGCCUUCCUGGGUGGGGAGAGCGAGCUGGCCCUGGCGACCGGAAGUAAGGCGCACCAUAGAUUUACAGGCCCUCAGAUCCUACGCUUUCAGAAAAAGUAUCCUGAUGUGUACAAGAAGACGCUGCGGAUCUCGCUGGUAUCUUCGUUCCUUGCCUCUCUGUUCUUGGGACAUAUUGCAUCGAUGGACAUCUCCGAUGUUUGCGGCAUGAACCUCUGGAACAUCAAGAAGGGCGCCUACGAUGAGAAGCUUCUACAGCUCUGUGCCGGUCCAUCCGGUGUGGAUGACCUGCGACGCAAGCUGGGUGAUGUCCCAGAGGAUGGAGGCAUCCAUCUCGGCACCAUUGAUCGGUACUUCGUUGAGCGCUACGGCUUCAGCCCCGACUGCACGAUCAUUCCUGCAACGGGCGACAACCCCGCCACCAUCCUGGCAUUGCCACUCAGAGCCUCCGAUGCCAUGGUUUCGCUGGGCACCUCGACCACCUUCCUCAUGUCUACGCCCAGCUACAAGCCUGACCCGGCGACCCAUUUCUUCAACCAUCCGACUACCCCAGGUCUCUACAUGUUCAUGCUGUGCUACAAGAACGGUGGUCUCGCCCGCGAGAAGAUCCGCGAUGCGGUCAACGAGAAACUCGGCGAGAAACCGUCUUCGUCAUGGGUGAACUUUGAUAGAGUCACCCUGGAGACCCCACCCCUGGGUCAGAAGUCUGACUCCGACCCGAUGAAGAUGGGUCUAUUCUUUCCUCGCCCGGAGAUCGUGCCCAACCUGCGUGCGGGACAAUGGCGUUUCGACUACCACCCGAAGGACGGCAGUCUGCACCAGUCCAAUGGGGGAUGGAACAAGCCCCUGGACGAAGCCCGGGCCAUUGUCGAGAGCCAGAUGCUGUCGCUGCGCCUGCGAUCCCGCGGACUUACCCAGAGCCCUGGAGAGGGCAUUCCUGCGCAACCCCGCCGGGUGUACCUGGUCGGAGGUGGGUCGAAGAACAAGGCAAUUGCUAAAGUGGCCGGGGAAAUCCUGGGAGGUAGCGAGGGGGUGUAUAAGCUGGAGAUUGGUGAUAACGCCUGUGCGCUGGGUGCAGCGUACAAGGCGGUUUGGGCAAUGGAGCGUGCUGACGGACAGACCUUCGAAGAUCUCAUUGGAAAACGGUGGCACGAGGAGGAAUUCAUUGAAAAGAUUGCGGAUGGCUACCAGCAGGGGGUGUUUGAGCGGUACGGCCAGGCCGUGGAAGGGUUUGAGAAGAUGGAGUUGGAGGUGCUGCAGCAGGAGGGGAAGCGGGUGGCGUAAUGGUAAAUAUAGCUGUCGUCAGGUUCCGUUAAACAUAUAAGGGUAGACAUCCGAUUUAUAAUAUGAUGCUAGAGUGAGC